GAUCGAGUAAGGGAUGCAGAAGUUGACAAGAAACCUCCCAUCUAGUAAUCCCAUAAAUUUUCGUCGUCGUCCUUAAAACAAGUCGAUGUUGGUAGUGGGCGGCGGCUAAAGGCGGGGAUUGUGUAUGAUAAUUGAAUUUGAGAAAGCAAAGAGGGAUGGGGAAUUGCGUGUUUAGAGGGUUCGGAGGAGGGUUUGAAGAAAUGAACAUCAAAGUGGUGACAUCCAACGGUGGUAUCAUGGAGCUCUACUCCCCCAUCACCGCCGAGUGCAUCACCAACGAAUUCCCAGGCCACCGCAUCUUCCGUACCCGCAACAACAACCUCUUCUCCCAACCCCAACCCCAACCCCUCCUCCACAACGAACAUCUUCACCCCGGCCAAUUCUACUAUCUUCUCCCUCUCACCAACACCAACUCCACCACCACCUUUACUACUACUACUACUACUACUACUACUACUACUACUCUCCCACAACAAGAACAAGCCGAUACCUUCCACGUCAACAACAACAUUAAUGGUAACUAUACUGCUACUUGUUCAUCUAUGGUUACUACGCCGUAUCGGAUGUCCUUUGACAACCAAGGGCAAGGGCAAGGGCAAGGGCAAGGCCAAGGGGGAAGAGGAAGAGGGAAGAGGUCGUCGGAGGCAGAGGUGCUUCCUAGGUACAACAGCACAGGGGUGUGGAAGGUGAAGCUGGUGAUUAGCCCCGACCAGCUUUCUGAGAUUUUGUCUCACGACUCUCGAACAGAGGCCUUGAUUGAGAGCGUCAGGACUGUCGCCAAGUGCGCCAAUGGGGUGCCGCACUCAUCCUCAUCCUCUUCCUCUUCCUCGGUGGCCAAUUCAGAUCACUGCAGCAGCCUUUCCGGUAACUAUUCCCACUGGAACCACGCCUCACACAAACUCUGAUCAAUAUAUGUAUAUUGUUUUUUUUUUUGGCUAGUGGUACUCCAAAGAGGCACUAUUAUUAGCUUAAAAAUGCUUGUUUCAUACAUGCUUAUUGGAUAGGACAUGUUUUCCCCUUUCUUUUUUCUCUUUAUAUAAACUAUGUGCAGUUGUGUA